UGCAUCAGCAAAAGCUUUUCUGUACUUUUGAAUUGCACGUUGUCGAUGUGUUGGGUGGAUCAAGCGAAAGAAGGCAAGAGGCGUUGGAUUUUCCGAACUUAAAAUCCAUUCUACAUUUGAACAAAAGCACAUUUGAAGUGACAGUUAGACUUAGAGCUGCUCGUCAUACGCAGCCGGCCACCUCCUGGAUGACGACUCGCCAUUGCUGGCUUCCGACAGGCCCAACCCUGCCGCAGACGCUUUGUAUGCCUAGCAACCCCCCAAUAAUUCUUGCACAACGAAGUCUAGCCGGCCACCUCCUGGAUGAUGACUCGCCAUUGCUGGCUUCCGACAGGCCUAACCCUGCCGCAGACGCUUCCUUCAUCUCAACAGAAUUAUUGAUAAAGCAUACGAUGAGAAGAGCAUAA